GGUCCCUAUACUGGGUAAGAAUUGUUGCCUUACUAAAGUAGCGUGCACACUCCUCUGGAGCUGGAUUGGGAGCUGAGUGGAGAAGAAGCCAGGACUCUCACUAGGGUUUCUAUUCCUUGCUUCUUGAGCAAGUUGGAGGAAAAAAGGAUUUAUUCAGCUUAUACUUCCACAUUGCCGUUCAUCACCAAAGAAAGUCCGGACCGGAACUCAAGCAGACCGUGAACCACAGUUGCUGCAAUGGCCGGGAAGCCCGUGCUUCACUACUUCAAUGCCCGGGGCAGAAUGGAGUGCAUCAGGUGGCUCCUGGCUGCAGCAGGGGUGGAGUUUGAAGAGAAGUUUAUACAGAGUCCGGAAGAUUUGGAAAAGCUAAAAAAAGAUGGGAAUUUGAUGUUUGACCAAGUGCCCAUGGUGGAGAUUGAUGGGAUGAAGCUGGUGCAGACCAGAGCCAUUCUCAACUACAUCGCCACCAAAUAUGACCUCUAUGGGAAGGACAUGAAGGAGAGAGCCCUGAUUGACAUGUAUACAGAAGGUAUUUUAGAUCUGACUGAAAUGAUUGGGCAAUUGGUAUUAUGUCCCCCAGACCAAAGAGAAGCCAAGACUGCCUUGGCAAAAGACAGGACCAAAAACCGUUACUUGCCUGCCUUUGAAAAGGUGUUGAAGAGCCAUGGACAAGACUACCUUGUGGGCAACAGGCUGACCAGGGUGGACGUCCACCUGCUGGAACUUCUUCUCUAUGUUGAAGAGCUUGAUGCCAGCCUUCUGACCCCUUUCCCUCUGCUGAAGGCCUUCAAGAGCAGAAUCAGCAGCCUCCCCAAUGUGAAGAAGUUCCUACAUCCUGGCAGCCAGAGAAAGCCUCCCUUGGAUGCAAAACAAAUUGAAGAAGCAAGGAAGGUUUUCAAGUUUUAGUGUGGCUGCAUUGAUGGAGCCACAGAUACUGGCCUCUAAUUGUUUGCAAUUAUAAAAUACAAUUGUUGAUUCUGGCUAUUGUGCAAUAAUAAAAAAUUAACAACUGGUA